AUGGCCACUUGCAGGUCGCUCGCCCGACAAUGCGCUCUUCAGCUGCGUCGCACUCCUCGCUUUAGUCGUUCCUCCUACCAGACACUCGGUCGCAUCCAUGUCCCUCUCCGCAGGGCGUACGCCACCUCCGUCGGCGCCGCGGAGCUCAAAUUCGGACAACCGCUGCAUGAAACGCAUCCUCACCUGCUGAGCCCGGGAGAGCUGACCCCCGGAGUCACAGCCCUUGAAUAUGCCCUGCGCCGAUCGCGACUUGCCAACAAGCUCCCCGAGGGAGCAGUUGCUAUACUUGCCGCCUCCGAAGUGAAAUACCGUGCACCUGGCAUCUUCCAUGAGUACCGACAGGAGUCCAACUUCUUCUACUUGACAGGUUUCAACGAACCGAACGCACUGGCAGUCAUUGGGAAUGACGGCUCUGGUGACAACCAUAUCUUCCAUCUAUAUGUCCGAGAAAAGGACCCCAAGGCCGAACUGUGGGAUGGUGCACGAUCCGGUACUCAGGCCGCUGCGGACGUCUUCAAUGCCGAUGAAACAGGCAAUAUUGAAGAUAUCGGAAACAUUCUCCCCAAAAUCAUUGCCAAAGCCACAGAGGUCUACUCAGACAUCCCCGCCUUCGAUGGAUCCAGAUCGACAUUGCACCGAUACCUUUAUGGCCCUACAGUGGCUUCAGAGAAGCUGAAGAAAUUUGUCGACCAUCGGAAAGUCAAAUCUCUGAAGCCUCUGCUUAAUGAGAUGAGAGUAAACAAGACCGAGGCGGAGGUUAUGCACUUGCGCCAGUUGGGACAGGCCUCCGGGAGGGCAUUUACUGACGCCAUGCGUCAAACAUUCACCAAAGAGAAAGACUUGUGCUCAUUCCUGGAGUAUCAGUUCAAGGUUAAUGGCUGCGAUGGCAGUGCUUUUGUCCCUGUUGUUGCAGGUGGUCAAAAUGCACUGAGCAUUCAUUACACUAGAAACGAUGAUGUUCUGAGAGACGGAGAUUUAGUACUUGUGGACGGCGGCGGUGAACUCGGUGGUUACAUAUCCGAUAUUACAAGAACUUGGCCAGUUAAUGGCAAGUUCUCAGAUCCUCAGCGGGAUCUGUACAAUGCCGUGCUGACUGUGCAUCGAACUUGCCUGGCGCUUUGCCGCGAAGAUGCCAACCUGUCACUUGAUAAAUUGCACAACAUCGCCGAGAACGGAUUGAAGGACCAACUUAAGCAGCUUGGCUUUGAUCUGUCUGGAAGUGCAAUGAACGUGUUAUUUCCCCACCACCUUGGCCAUUACAUUGGUCUGGACGUUCAUGAUUGUCCUGGAUAUUCCCGAGGUUACAACUUGAAGGCUGGCCAAUGCAUCACCAUUGAACCUGGUAUCUACGUCCCCGAUGAUGAGAGAUGGCCCGCUCACUUCCGUGGCAUCGGAAUUCGUAUCGAAGACAGUGUCUGUGUGGGAGAUGAACAUCCAAUUGUUUUGUCCCCUGAAGCCGUGAAGGAGGUUGAUGAUAUCGAGGCACUUCGUCAUUAG